AUGAACUCUCAUCCCUUCCUCAGCCCUCCUCUCGUCAGCCCUCCCCUCCUCAGCCUUCCCCUCCUCAGCCCCCUUGCCUCAGCCCUCCCUUCCUCAGCCCCCCUCCUCAGCGCUGCUCAGCCCUCCCCUCCUCAGCCUUCCCCUCCUCAGCCCCCUUGCCUCAGCCCUCCCUUCCUCAGCCCCCCCUCCUCAGCGCUGCUCAGCCCUCCCCUCCUCAGCGCUGCUCAGCCCCCCCAGCCCUCCUCUCCUCAGCCCCACCCGUCAGCCCCCCCCCUUCUCAGCCCUUCCCUCUUCAGCCCACAGCCCCCCCUUCCUCAGCGCUCCCUUCCUCAGUCCCCCUUCCUCAGCGCUGCUCAGCCCCCUUACUCAGCCCUCCUCUCCUCAGCUCCCACCCCUCAGCCCUCCCCUUCUCAGCCAUCCCCUCUUCAGCACUCCUCAGCCCUCCCCCUCCUCAGCCCUCCCCUCUUCAGCCCUCCCCUCCUCACCCUCCCCUCCUCAGCCCUCCCCUCUUCAGCACUCCUCAGCCCUCCCCUCCCCAGCCCUCCUCUCUUCAGCACUUCUCAGCCCUCCUCUCUACAGCUCUCCUCAGCCCUCCCCUCCUCAGCCCUCCCCACCUCAGUACUCCUCAGCACCCCCUCCUCAGCCCUCCCCUCGUCAGCCCUCCCCUCGUCAGCCCUCCCCUCCUCAGCCCCCCUCCUCAGCCCCCUCCUCAGCCCUCCCCUUGUCAGCCCUCCUCUCCUCAGCCUUCCCCUCCUCAGCACUCCUCAGCCCCCCCCCCUCUUCAGCCCCUUCCUAGAACCUGCCACACACAAAGAUGAGCGCUCAUCCCUUCUGCAGCCCUACCCUCCUCAGCCCCCACGCCUCCUCAGCCCCCCAGCUCUCCCCUCCUCAGCCCUCCCCUCCUCAGUCCUCAGCCCUCCUCAGUCCUCCCCUCGUCAGCCCUCCCCUCCCCCCCUCCUCAGCCCUCCCCUCGUCAGCCCCCCCUUCUCAGCCCUUCCCUCUUCAGCCCACAGCCCCCCCUUCCUCAGCGCUCCCUUCCUCAGUCCCCCUUCCUCAGCGCUGCUCAGCCCCCCUUACUCAGCCCUCCUCUCCUCAGCCCCCCCCUCCUCAGCCCUCCCCUUCUCAGCCAUCCCCUUUUCACCCUCCCCACCUCAGUACUCCUCAGCACCCCCUCCUCAGCCCUCUCCUCGUCAGCCCUCCCCUCGUCAGCCCUCCCUCCUCAGCCCCCCCCCUCAGCCCCCCUCCUCAGCCCUCCCCUUGUCAGCCCUCCUCUCCUCAGCCUUCCCCUCCUCAGCACUCCUCAGCCCCCCCCUCUUCAGCCCCUUCCUAGAACCUGCCACACACAAAGAUGAGCGCUCAUCCCUUCUGCAGCCCUCCCCCUCCUCAGCCCCCACGCCUCCUCAGCCCCCCCAGCUCUCCCCUCCUCAGCCCUCCCCUCCUCAGUCCUCAGCCCUCCUCAGUCCUCCCCUCGUCAGCCCUCCCCUCGUCAGUGCUUCUCAGCUCUUCCCUCCUCAGCGCUCCUCAGCCCUCCCCUCGUCACCCCCCCUCAGCCCCCCUCCUCAGCCCCUCCUCAGCCCUCCCCUCUUCAGCGAUCCUCACUCCUCCCCUACUCAGCCCUCCCCACCUCAGCCCUCCCCUCCUCAGCGCUCCUCAGCCCUCCCCACCUCAACCCUCCCCUCCUCACCCUCCCCUCCUCAGCCCCCCCCCUCCUCAGCCCUCCCCUCGUCAGCCCUCCCCUCCUCAGCCCCCUUCCUCAGCCCUCCCCUUGUCAGCCCUCCUCUCGUCAGCACUCCCCUCGUCAGCCCUCCCCUCCUCAGCCCUCCCCUCGUCAGCCCUCCCCUCCUCAGCCCCCACGCCUCCUCAGCCCCCCAGCUCUCCCCUCCUCAGCCCUCCCCUCCCCAGUCCUCAGCCCUCCUCAGCCCUCCCCUCCCCAGUCCUCAGCCCUCCUCAGUCCUCCCCUCGUCAGCCCUCCCUCGUCACCCCCCUCAGCCCCCCCCUCAGCCCCUCCUCAGCCCUCCCUUCUUCAGCGAUCCUCACUCCUCCCCUACUCAGCGCUCCUCAGCCAUCCCCACCUCAGCCCUCCCCACCUCAGCCCUCCCCUCCUCAGCGCUCCUCAGCCCUCCCCUCCACAGCGCUCCUCAGCCCUCCCCACCUCAGCCCUCCCCUCCUCAGCACUCCCCUACUCAGCGCUCCUCAGCCCUCCCCUCCACAGCGCUCCUCAGCCCUCCCCACCUCAGCCCUCCCCACCUCAGCCCUCCCCCUCAGCGCUCCUCAGCCCUCCCCACCUCAGUCCUUCCCUCCUCAGCGCUCCUCAGCCCCCUGUCAGCCCUCCCCUCCUCAGCCCUCCCCACCACAGCUCUUCCCAACCUCAGGACUCCUCAGCCCCCCCUCCCAGCCCUUCUCAACCCUCCCCUCCUCAGCUCUUCCCUCCUCAGCCCUCCCCACCUCAGCCCUCCCCACCUCAGCCCUCCCCUCCUCAGCGCUCCUCAGCCCCUCCCACUCCUCAGCCCUCCCCACCUCAGCGCUCCUCAGCCCUCCCCACCUCAGCCCUCCCCUCCUCAGUGCUCCUCAGCCCCCCCCUCCUCAGCGCUCCUCAGCCCUCCCCACCUCAGCGCUCCUCAGCCCUCCCCUCCUCAGCGCUCCCCAGCCCCCCCUCCUCAGCCCUCCCCACCUCAGCACUCCUCAGCCCUCCCCACCUCAGCGCUCCUCAGCCCUCCCCACCUCAGUCCUUCCCUCCUCAGCGCUCCUCAGCUCCCCCCAUCAGCCCUCCCCUCAUCUGCCCUCCUCAGCCCUCCCCACCUCAGCGCUCCCCAGCCCUCCCCUCCUCAGCGCUCCCCAGCCCCCCCCCCCCCCCCUCCUCAGCUCUCCCCUCCUCAGCACUCCUCAGCCCUCCCCACCUCAGCGCUCCUCAGCCCUCCCCACCUCAGCCCUCCCCUCCUCAGUGCUCCUCAGCCCCCCCCUCCUCAGCGCUCCUCAGCCCUCCCCACCUCAGCACUCCUCAGCCCCCUCCCUCCUCAGCGCUCCUCAGCCCCCUCCCUCCUCAGCGCUCCUCAGCCUUCCCCACCUCAGCACUCCUCAGCCCCCUCCCCCUCUUCAGCCCCUUCCUAG